CAUUGGCGGUUACAAGGCUGCUUAGGGCGGGACUCUUAAAAACAAAACAGUGUACCGUAGAUUGUAGCCAGCUAGCUGUUGUCCCUCUUUUUACCCGCGUUAUUAUUAUUAAGCAUGUUGAAAAAUAAUGGAUAAUUAACUCUUAACUAAAUUUGCAACCGGUGUGCCUACUGUCUUAAUUAGAACAGAACAUUGUUUGGCACCUUAGAAAAAUGCCUCCGAAGAAGAAGCAGGUCGCAAACAUCUCAAGUUCCCUAGACCUGGAAUCUGAGGAUGUCAGCCUGGAAACCACGAUGCCUACCACCGAGGAUGUGUCCUCCUCAGACGAGCAGCGGCACGGAUCCCAGAAGGUGACCCGCCAGCUCAUCGAGAGAAAGGAGCUUCUGCACACCGUCCAGCUGCUGAAAAUCGAGCUGUCUCAGAAGAAUCUCAUCAUUGAUAACAUGAAGGCUGAUCACAUGACUAAGGUGGAAGAAUUGGAGGAAAAGCUGAAUGACGCCUUACAUCAGAAACAGGUGCUAACCAUGAGACUGGACAGCCAGCUGAAACUUGCUCAGGAGGACAACAGGAAGCAGCAGGCUCUGCGUAAACAGGAGAUGGAGACCAUCUUGCUCAGGCAGCAGCAGCUGGAGGAGACAAACCGCCGCCUGGGCGAAAAAGCUGGAGAGCUGCGGAGGUUGCUCAGAGAUCUGGACAUCUCCACGGACAGGUACCAGGAGCUCCGCGGCCUCCCCGAUGACCAAAUCUCCAUCCAGGAGUACGUGGCGUUGCGCUUCUAUGAGGCUGUGACUCCCCUGCGAGCGGAGGUGGCUCAACUCACUGCGCAGAAAGGCCGAUUGACAGAUGAGCUCGACGUGCACAGAUCGAACAUGAGGACUUUGACAGAGAACUACGAGGAGGAGCGCCGUCUGCGCACAGACCUGGAGUUGAGGAGCCAGAGGCUGACCUUGGAGUUAGCUGACACCAAACAGCAGAUCCAAGAGGGAGACUUUCGCCAAGAAAACUACCCAAAAAUGAAACGAGAGCGGGACAACUUUGAAGCUGAGCUGAAAGAGUUAAAGAGGAGAUUUGACACCGUCGACUUGGCUCACGCAGCACUGACCAGAGAAAGAGACACACUUAGCAAUGAGGUGGCGACAUUGCAGCAUUCUGUGGCUCUGCUGCAGAAGGACAAGGAGUACCUGCAUAGACAAAACAUGGAGCUGAGCAUCCGCUCUGCACAUGGAGAAGACCGUUUAGAGAGACUGCAGGCACAAUUAGAAGAUACUAAGAAUUCCAGGGAACAGGCCUAUGAGAAAUAUUUAGCUUCCAGAGAUCAUUAUAAGUCAGAGUAUGAGAACAAGCUGAGGGAAGAGUUGGAGAACAUUAGGUUGAAAACCAGCCAGGAGAUUGAAAACCUUCAGAGAACCUCAAGAGAGAUGUAUGAGAGGGAGAACAGGAGCUUACGCGAGGCCAGAGACAACGCCGUGCUGGAGAAAGAGCGAGCGGUGGCUGCAGAGAGGGACACGCAGUCCAGAUAUGACCAACUUCUGGAGCAGUUUCGUCAGCUCCAGCUGGGCACCGAUAGCCGUGUAGCAGAAUUACUCAACCAGACGAAGCUGCACAGUUUCGAAGCUGAGCGCGCUCAAAUGCUGAAGGACGAAACAGCCAAGAGCCUGGCUCAGUGCCAGGUGGAGUGUGAGAAACAGCAGAAGAAACUGGAGCUCCUCACUCAGGAGUUUUAUACGCUACAAACGUCGUCUGAGAAGCAGGUGGCGAAGCUUCAAGCUCAGAACGCGGAGCAGGCGUCUCGGCUGGAGACGUAUGAGAAGCUGGAGCAGGAGCUGGACCAGGUCACCAUGCAGGCGGCUGAAAUUGAGAAUGACGAGGAGGCAGAGAGGGUUUUGUUCUCGUACGGUUAUGGAGCCAAUGUUCCAACAACGGCCAAAAGGAGACUAAAGCAAAGCGUCCACCUGGCCCGCAGGGUGCUGCAGCUGGAGAGGCAAAACACAUCUCUGCGGAGAGAGCUGGAGAGGCUGCAGACGGAGUCCAAGCAAACAUCCGAGGAGUUGUCUGCAGCCAACCACCUGUUGCAGCUGGCCCAGCAGCCUCACAGCUACCUGAUCGAGACGGUGAGACAAAAAGAUGGCCAGAUCAGCACGUUGAAGGAACACAUCUCCUCGCUUGAGGAGGAAGUCAGUUCUCUGAGGAAGGAACACAAAGCCCUGCAACAAGUGAGAAAUGACAUGGCCGCCGACCUGGAGCGACUUCUCAACCAUAGAGAGGAGUUGGCGAUGAUGAAACAGGUUCUGAUCAGCAUGCAGUCCAGACAGGGCCCUGCUGUAGACCCGCUGGCAACUAAUAAAGCUACCAAACCAAUCAACAGGACUGCUGCAGAGUCACCGAGCAAGCCCAAACCCACUGUGUUUACUAAAAAGGAUGUUCCUGACUGGUAUCAGAAGCUGAAGCAGAAACCAAAAUAAACAUUUAUUAAUACUUUUGCUGACCAAAAAAUGUUUUAGUUUUUAAAGAUUUAUUUUAUUGUAAACUGCUGUGUUUUUCACAUCUCAACUUUUAAACUCAAUAUUACAAACAUUUGCUCUUG